AUUUCUCUAUUCCGGAUUGGCCUGAUCUUGCUCGAUUCAGUGUCGCGAUUGAUAAAUUUUGUCGAUUGGAAGGUUAAUCUCAGCACUGAGAUUAUUCCUGAUAUCGAAUUCAUUGAAAACACGGGUAUAAUAGAUAAUAUAUUGAACGAAUUUGUUGAGGAGGAUCAAGUUUAUAAAGAUAAAGAGACAAUUAUGAAUGGGAUGAAGAACUUGGCUGUACGCGAGAGGUUCCAAUUCAAGGUGAAGAGAUCAAGCGCAACAAGGUAUCACCUUAUGUGUGUGGAUGACAAUUGUGCUUGGAGUUUCAAAUCUUCUACCGUUUUCAAGGCAAACAUAUUCAAAGUGAGAAGUUACAAUAAUAAUCACACAUGCGGCUAUGGUGAAAGAUACUUAACACAACGUCAAGCUACUUCGGGUGUAAUUGCUAGUAUAGUCAAGGACAAGUAUGUUAAUCCAAAAAAUAUUUACACCGCAAAUGAUAUAAUAGAGGACAUACUAAAGCAACACGGGAUUGAAGUGAGCUACAUGAAAGCAUGGAGAGCUAAAGAGAUAGCAAUGGCAAUGAUAAGAGGGAGUCCGAAUGAAUCAUAUAAGGAGUUGCCGAAGUAUUUUUAUAUGUUGGAGCAUAAAAAUCCAGGAACGGUUACAAAGUUGCACAAAUUAGAAGAUGGAUGCUUUCUUUAUGCAUAUGUUUCGCUAUAUGCCUCUAUCAAGGGUUGGGAGCAUUGCAGACCGAUAAUGGUUGUUGACGGAAGUUUUCUUAAAGCAGUAUAUAAGGGUACCAUAUUGACUGCUUGCACACAGGAUGUAGCUGGAAAAAUCCUUCCACUUGCAUAUGCAAUUGUAUAUUCAGAGAAUAAUAAAUCUUAGGAGUGGUUCUUUGUCCAUAUAAAUGGUACUUUUGGUGUUAAGGAAGGGAUGUGUAAAGUUUCAUAUAGAAACGAA